AUGGUGCCCAGAAUUACCGUUGUCGGCGCAACUGGAAAACAAGGAGGCUCUGUGGUCCAAACGUUUCUCCAGCAUGGCGGUUACGAGGUUCGAGGGCUGACGCGCAGCACCGAGAAUCCAAAGGCUCAAGCUCUGGCGGCACAAGGCGUAGAAAUUGCACAAGCUAAUUUCGACGACCUGGAUUCGCUCGUCAAGGCCUUCGAAGGCUCUGACAUGAUUUUUGGCAUGACCGACUUCUUUAUCCACUUCUUCACCAAAAGCGCAGAGGAGGCUCAAGCCAUCGAAUCCGAACAAGGAAAAAAAAUCGCGCAAGCAGCCGCUCGCACCCAAGGCUUGAAGAGCUUCAUCUGGUCCACCCUGCCGGAUACAAAAGCAAUCUCCGGAGGUACGGCAAUUGUGCCACAUUUCCAAAGUAAAGCCGAUGUCGACAACUAUAUCCGAGAGGAGCUGGCCGAUACUUUGUUGCCGAAGACCACGUUCCUCUAUUUGGCAUCCUUUAUCGACAACUUCUAUUAUCCUCCGUUUCAGCCUAUCUAUGCGGGUGCUAUUGAUAAAUACGUCUAUAUUCAACCCCAGGAUAAGGCUACCUUGACCCCUCUCUUGGGGGAUGCUCAGGUCAAUACUGGUCCCUACGUGCUGGCCAUUGUCAAGCAUGCGGAUUUGACCAAGGGUGGAAAGACUGUUCUUGCAAGCCUCGGGUUCGAGACUUACGAAGAUGUCUCGAAGUCCUUGAGCAAACAUUUGGAGAAAGAACUUGUUUUCGCCAAGGUCGAUUUCCCGACAUACGAAUCGAUCUUCCCUAAAUGGGGGGCAGAGCUUGGCCUGAACAUGCUUUAUUUCGAGCGAUGCCCCGGAGAGUCUGGGUGGGGCUCCUCUGGGAAUACUGGAGUGAAGCCUCUUUUGCUUCAAGACCUUGGUCUAACGAUUGGCAAAGAAAUUGAGACAUGGGAAUCUGGUAUGCAACGCAUGGACUGGAAGACAAAGUUUGGCCCAUAUGCACAGAAGUGA